AUGAAUCGCGCGAUUCACGCCGGAAUCGUGCGAAUCGCGCGACGCCGGUGGAUCGCGCGAUUCUGGAUGUUGUCGGGUCGCGCGGAUCCGACCCGGAUCUUUGCGCGACCCGACACGAAAAUAGAGAAAAAAAGUAAAGAUGCCAGUAGUGUUGAAAUAUUUGAAGAGGCAACUGCUCAAGAUGCUAAGGGGAAGGAAGGGACAUCAAAAACUACCAAACAGAAAACAAUGAAUGAGAUGGUAAAAGAUAGAGAGGGUUUGAAACCUCCAAGUUAUCAUGAGGUGAGAGUUUCUCACUUGAAAAAAGCAGUUGAUAAAAUUCAAGAAAGUUUAGCAAAGUAUAAGAAGGAAUGGGAGAAAUGGGGCUGUACCUUGAUGUGUGAUGGUUGGACUGAUGGUAAAGGAAGGUCUCUUACUAAUUUUUUAGUUAACAGUCCUAGUGGAACAGUUUUUCUAAAGUCAGUGGAUACAAGUAGUGUGAUUAAGGAUGCUAAACAAAUGUUUGAAUUACUAGACAAUCUGGUUGAGGAAAUUGGGGAGGAUAAUGUGGUGCAAGUUGUGACAGAUGGUGCGUCAAAUCUCGUGGCAGCAGGGAAGAUGUUAGAAGAGAAGAGAACAAAAUUAUUUUGGUCCCCUUGUGCAGCACACUGUCUUGAUUUAAUCCUUGAAGACAUUGGGCAACUUCCAGUAUUUUAUAAUACCAUCACCAAUGCAAAGAAAAUAACAACCUUCAUUUAUAGGCAUACAUGGGUCCUUAACUUGUAUAGAAAGUAUUCUAAAGGAAAAGAAUUAGCUAGACCGGCAGUGACAAGGUUUGCAACAGCUUAUCUUACACUAAGUUGUAUAUUGCGACAAAAAAAUGCUCUUCGAACCAUGUUUGCUUCAGAUGAUUGGACUUCUAGUACUUUUGCUAGUAAAAGUGAGGGCAAGCAAGUGGUGGACAUGGUUUUUGGGGAUUCUAGAUUUUGGAGUUCCAUCAAAUAUUGCUUAAAGUGUGUGAGUCCACUUGUAAAAGUUUUAAGACUUGUAGAUGGUGACUCUAAACCUGCUAUGCCAUAUAUUUAUGAAGCAAUGGACAGAGCCAAAGAAGAGAUUGCUGACAAUUUUGAAAAGAAGGAAUCAAGGUUUCAUUAUGAUGAAAAAUUUAAUGCGGACCAGGAAGUUUAUUUUGGUUUAUAUGAAACUAUUGAGAGAAUGAUUCCGGAUAGAAAGACAAGAUUUUUAGUUGAUCAACAACUUGAAGCAUUUAAGUCUGCUAAGGGGCUUUUUGGAAGGAGCAUGGCAAUAGAUACUAGAAACAAAAAGCAACCUGGUACCAUUCUCUAG